AUGGAGGGUCAAGAACUGCCUUAUGUGCUAGUUGACUCUAUAGGAGAGAGGUUUGGAGUGUAUGAAGACCAUAUUGGAUUUCUGAAGAAACGUUUUCAUCUCAUCACCAUGAAAGAAUAUCUUGAAAACAAGACAUUUCUCAGCAAUAAGAUCAGAGCUAUCUAUAUAUGGUACCACAGACCAGCUAUUAAUGAAGAGCUGCUCCAGAGCUUGCCUAAUUUGAAGGUAGUUGCAAGUGCUGGAGUGGGAAUAGAUCACUUGGACCUGAAACUCCUCUCCAGCUAUGGUGUGAAGGUGUCCAAUACUCCAUUUGUUGUUUCCACUGACACUGCAGACAUGGGGAUGGCUUUGUUGCUGGCAUCUGCCAGGAGACUUGUGGAAGGCCAUGAGAUGGCAGUCUCCCCUGACACAGAGUAUUUCCCUGCUGACUGGCUGGGGGUUGAGGUUUCUGGAGCAACCCUGGGGAUCCUGGGAAUGGGCACUAUUGGUUACAAAGUGGCCGAAAGAGCCAAAGCCUUUGAAAUGAAGAUUUUGUACCACAACAGAUAUCAGAGAAAAAAGGAAGAAGAAAAUGCUGUUGGAGCUGUUUACUGUAAGAAGAUAGAUGAUUUGCUCCAGCAGUCAGAUUUUGUGUUGCUGGCUGUGACCCUAACUCCACAGACACACAAACUGAUUGGGAAGAGGGAGCUGGAGCUGAUGAAACCCACUGCCACGCUUAUUAAUAUCAGCAGAGGUCUGGUAGUGGACCAGGAUGCUUUGGUGGAAGCCCUUCAAAACAAAGUUAUUAAGGCAGCUGCUCUGGAUGUGACAUAUCCUGAACCUUUGCCAAGGGAUCACCCCUUGUUACAGCUGAAGAAUGUUAUAAUAACUCCUCACAUUGGAAGUGCCACCAAGAAGACACGCUGGGUUAUGAUGGAAGAAAUGGCAGAAAGCAUCGAGGCGGGCCUGGCGGGUCUCCAUAUCCCUCGUGAGGUGCUGCCCUAA